AUGCUCCUGCUCCUGCUCCUGCUCCUCCUCCUCCUGCUCUCUUCUUUUCUAUCAUGCUCCUCCUCCAGCUCAUCAUCACUACUCCGUUCUACACUCUCUUCUUACAUCUUCAUGUUGCUUGGAUCUUCUCAAUUGUAUUGUCAGGCUGAGGCGAUUUCUGAACGGGUUGGGAACCUUGCUUCGAUACUUCAUCGUCCGACAUCUGAGAUAGCAUAUCAUAUGAUUCCAGGUUGCCACCACUCUUCCCUGGGAGGAGGCAAGAACUGGGGAUCUGCCUUCAUACUCCCUGAAGAAGGGUCAAUAGCAGUCAAGAACGUGCAAGAGGUCCCGUUGCUAGCAUCACGAUCAUGGCAACAACUGACAGCAAGUGCAAACAGCUACAAGGAAAGGAAGUUGAAGACCUUGAGAAGCAGCUUCAUCAGCUGUCCUUCAAGCUUCGCGAUCAGGAGGAUCAGGGGAGGAAGAGCUCUCUAUCUCCUCUCGUACCUCCUCUGCUCCCUCGAUCGCUGCUUCCCUGUCAGAGAUAUCCCCGCAUGCUGCAGAGCAUCCGAGGUAAGGAGCAAGGAGGAUGAAGACGAGGGCGAGGGCGAGGGCGAGGGCGAGGGCGAGGACGAGGACGAGGACGAGGGCGAGGACGAGGACGAGGACGAGGACGAGGACGAGGGCGAGGACGAGGGCAAGAUAGCUGGGUGGAGGUUCAAAGAGAGGGAAAGAAGUACGAUGAUUUUAGGACAUGGACCAGCGGACCCGCGGGAUCUUGAGGCGGUCGUUGUUUCUGCUUGCUCGAUCGCGGGAGACCUUCGAUUCGCUCGCAUGCUCCGACAGGUGCAGGCAGGCAGGCAGACGCAGGCGAGGAUAACGAGCUUUCAGAUGCAGUCGAGCGUGGGAGAGGAGGAGGAGGAGCGAGCAGAGAAGGAGAGAGUGUUCCUCGAGAAGAGGGGAGGUGGAGGCGCCUACCCACUGCUCGCCAACUUCCCCAAGGCAUCGGUCGGACAUCUCGCGUCGCUCUUUGAGCAGGUGGCAGAGGUUGUGGAGGCUAGUGGUGAGAAUGAGGGGCAGGUGCGGGAGGAGGAGGAGAGAUACCUGCAGCAGAAGAAGACGGCAGCGGAGAUCGAGCAGCAGAGGAGGCGACUGAAGGAACAAGAAGAAAAACUUGUCCUUGAGCAUGAGCUGAUGGAGCUGGUUUCCAGGUGCGAGCGUCAGGUUGAGCAGGCGGAGAAGGAAAGAGAUCGAUCUAUUCGCAAUGCAAAGGCCAGAGAGAUUGUAAGGAUUAUGAGGAUCGAACAACUUGCUGCUCAGGUCAACGAGCUAAAAAAGAAGCAGAUUCGUCGAGAGGCAAAUGUGCGCGAAGAGAACAUGUCGAGGUUGCUGCAGGAGGUGACAAGACGAGCGCAUGCGGCAGAACGGAAACUUGAAAAUGAAAAGAACAGAGAGAAUGCUAGAAAGAAGAUGUCAGCAAACUCAGAAGAGAUGCAGAGAAACUACAUGAAACAGAGAGUGCAAGUUGAGGCAAAUUCAGACAUGGAAGAGAAAAUCGCAAUCGUAAAGUAUGAAGAGGAGGAAAGAAGACAGAUGAGACGAGAUGAAACAAUCGCCGCAUACAUAGAAAGGCUCCGACAAGCGUCAGUGAAACUUCUCGAUCAGAUGAAGAUGGAGAUGGAGAUGCUGGAGAAAAGAGCUGAAGAAGGAUACCUUGAAGAAGACGUCAAAAAGUUCUUCACAUCAGACAAGAAAUCUGAAAAGAAAUCUGACAAGAAGGGCAAGGUCAAAGACAAGAAGACCAAAGUGCAGGCUGCAAAAUCAACAGAGAACAGGUUGAGCAUUGAAGACAUGAAGAAUCUCCACGCGAGCAUGUUGCACAUGUUUGCAGCCAAGAAGAACGCAGAUGACGAAAGAAGUCCAUCUGGAAAGAUGUUGCACUUGUCAGAAGUGAUCACCUGUGAACUCAUUUCAAAAUGUUGGAUUCCCAAAGCCGCCUUUGAGGAGGAGCAAAAACUUCGAGAGCAGGUCGAUGCUGGGAACUUUUUGAUGUGCGACAUAAAAACCUUCUCCCUCCUGCUUUCUUGA